AGCUGCUCUGUGAGGACAGAGAGAGAGACACAGAGAGAGAGAGAGAGAGAGAGAGGUCAGGAGGACAACACCAGCCACUAUGAGCAGGGCAGAACAACAGGACAGGGUCUUGUCCACCAGCGAAGACUCUCUCCCGUCCCUCCACAACUCUAGAGCUGAACCUCUGAUCCGAAGCCGACCCCUCAGUGAUAUAUACCCAUUCCACAGUCACACUGACAGAAGUGUAGUCCCAUGUCUGCUGUCUGGGUAUGGCGCCCAAGUACAGCCGGUGACUGCAGGUCCUGACGAAAACCGGUUGAAUGGCAUCAACUCCUCCUCCUGGUCCAACCCUGUCAUAGGUCAACCAGAGGGAAAGCCGUAUUCCUCAAGAAUUAUGAGGCUUUUUUCUAACUCGAGGAAGGGCCCUCUCCCCGCUCACAGUCCAACCACUGACAGUGCCGCCUCAACCCACAGCAACGACGGCAACAGCGUACCCCAGUCCUGGUCAGGACUAUCGGGACUGGGCGUCGUGGACUCCUUCAAGAAGCUCCGCUCCUCUGUGCUCCAGGGAAUACAGAGUAGAGGAGCAGUUGGCCAAGAUGGAGAACAAGACCCAUCAGAUCAGGAAAUGGCUAAUGGCACAGGUGUGGCGGACAUUAACCCUGGUCUAGAUGAUGCAGAAAAUGAUUUCAAGUUUGCAGACGGAUACAGUGGGUCUAAUGGUAAUUUUGAUGGCCAAAAGUUUGCUGAGAUGAGCCACCGUGGAUCGGAUAUUGAGGACUUUGAUGAUGAGGAAAAUGGUGACGGAGACGGUCUCACACGCAACACGCGGUGCUCAAGGAGCAUCAGGAGAGCGUAUGGAGCAGGACGCAUCUCUUUACUGGACACAGGGAAUAGGAGGAUAGCAGGAAAAAGCACAAAUGAGGCUACGGACAGUCGAAAACCAGAUGAGACAUCCAGCAUCAACGUCCAAACAAAGAACACGAAUGAGAACACAAAUGUGAAGGUGCUGAGCAGACUGAGCAAAAGUGCAGAAAAUAUUCACAUAUUUAAGGUGCCUUUCAGACGCAAAGCUCCAUCUCCAGGACCUCCUUUGCUUCAGGAGGACACCCAGAGGACUAUCGCGUCAAACGGGACACAAAACAUCCAGAGGACAGCCAGCGCCUCCUCAGUGGAUCUCCGGGGCCUCGGCGUUGGCCGCAGGAAGAGCCCCGUGAUGACCAAAGGGCCGAUGCUAGUUGGCAGCAGGACCGACCUGACUGUCAGACGCAAGCGAAGUCCCUCCCCAAGCACUACCUCUCCAUCCCCGUUGUCACCCCUGACCCGUCUCCAUGACGACUACUCCCGCCGCGUGCCUUGCCUGACAACCAGUGAGCGACAGCGCCGGCCCUCGCCCGUCAGAGCCCGGGUCAUGUCUGUCGGACGCACCCCUCUGGUUCAUCUGCAGCCUGAAUGCACUGACAGCCCCCAGCAGCACCAGGUCCUAAUUAGCCCGGUUUCUGUGGAGCCCCCAGAGGGAACAGAGCAGACCUCACCUGGUAGCUCUGCUCAUUAUGAAUCGCUCACUGUGGCCACAACAGGUGGUUCUAAACCGAGAGCAGAAUGUGAUCCAUCUCCUCUUAGCCAGGAAGAGCCUUCCCAACAAGAGGAUCAGACUGAAGUCAACGUGCAACCAAAUGAGGCGACAUCAGACCAACAAGAGCCAGAAGCACUUCUCCAAACAGAUGAAGUCUCUCCAACAACCAGCAGCACCCCUCCUAUCUCUCCUACAUGCCUCUCAGAGUCGCCCACAUCGCCCUCAUCAUCCUCAACCGAUGCAUCCACGGAAAUAUCCCAGGUCAAGCCCAGGCGAAGGAGCGGACGCCCGAGACCUCGUCCCAUUUCUGACUACGGGCAGCACAUUUCCAGGAAGCACUGUAUUCCAGAGGAAGGGGCAGAACUGCAUGCUGAAGAAAGGACAGCAAACACAUUGCUGCAUAAAGACUGCAGUGGUAACGAAGCAUGUGGGAACGGAGCGAGCCCUGAGAACCGCAUCGCAAACGGAGACGUUGAAGGCGUGAGGCAGCGUCCAAUCUCAGUGAUAGGAGUUGUUGAUCUGUUCUCUCCUGAUACUGAGGAGAAAGACGACCGCCUUCCUUCUUCCCUGUCGCGGCCGCCCAUCCCCUCCCACCAGGUUCCCCCCUACAGAGCCGUGUCUGCCAGGUUUCGACCCUCCACCCUCUCCCAGAGCACCCCCAUCGGACUAGACCGCGUUGGGCGGCGUAAGCUCCACAGAAUGCUCAGCGAUGGUGUGUCUAAGUGCUCAGCGACACUUGAUGACAGCGUGAGUGAGGAGGAGGAGGGCAGCUUUGACGAGCUCGCUGAUGUCACGCCCUACCUCCAGCCAGGGGUGGAACUCUCUGUGCUCAACGAGUGGAUAAGCUCCGGCCACACAGUGUAUGCUGAGGCUCUCUGGGACCAUGUGACCAUGGAGGAGCAGGAGCUGGCCUUCAAGGCUGGAGAUGUUAUCCGUGUCUUGGAUGCCUCGGAUAAGGACUGGUGGUGGGGCAGGGGUGCUGACAAGGAGGCCUGGUUCCCCUCCAGCUUUGUGAGGGUGCGAGUGAACCAGGAGGACUCGAGUACAGAAAGUGUGGAGAGUGUAGCGGACCAGGAAGAUCCAGCUCCAAGGGACACACACAGCACUCAGCACAAGGAGCAGAUGAGAACCAAUGUGGUUCAGGAAAUCAUGAAUACUGAACGCAUCUACAUCAAGCACCUAAAGGACAUCUGUGAGGGUUACAUCCGUCAAUGCCGUAAACACCCGGACAUGUUCACUGAGCUGCAGUUGAAGACCAUCUUCAGCAACAUAGAGGACAUCUACAGGUUUCAGAGGCAGUUUCUCAAAGACCUGGAGAAGAAGUACAACAAAGACCAACCACAUCUCAGUGAAAUUGGCUCUUGUUUUCUCUUGCAGGGCGAGGGCUUUUCUAUCUACUCCGACUAUUGUAACACGCAUCCGUCAGCCUGUGCUGAGCUGCAGCGCCUCAUGAAGUCCGGCAAAUAUAAGCAUUUCUUUGAGGCCUGCCGGCUCCUCCAGCAGAUGAUCGACAUUUCCAUUGCAGGUUUCUUGCUCACGCCUGUCCAGAAGAUCUGUAAAUACCCCCUACAGCUAGGAGAACUGCUUAAGUACACCCCCAAAGACCACAGUGACUACAGCGGAGUGAGCAAAGCGUAUGAGGCUAUGAAGAAUGUGGCCAGUUUGAUAAAUGAGAGGAAGAGGCGGCUGGAGAGCGUCGACACCAUCGCUCACUGGCAGGUGGCCAUUCUACACUGGGAGGGGCCUGAUGUGCUGGAGCGCAGCUCAGACCUGAUCCACUCUGGUGAGCUGACUCGAGUCGUCCGACAAGGCAAAAUGCAACAGCGCAGCUUCUUCCUGUUUGACCACCAGCUGGUCUUCUGUAAAAAAGACGUCCUGCGCAGAGACCUGCUCCACUACCGCGGACGGCUGGAUAUGGACCAGACCGAGGUUGUGGAUGUGCCCGAUGGGCGGGACCUAGACCUGGGCCUGACCCUGAGGAAUGCUCUGCGCCUGCGCAACGCCUCCACUCUGGAGUUUGUGUGUGUGCUGUGCUGCAGGAAGGCCCAGGACAAGCAGAGGUGGUUACAGGCCUUUGCCAAGGAGAGAUACAGAGUCAAGGAAGACCAAGAGAUGGGAAUGGAGAUCAGUGAAGAGCAAAGAAAACAGGCCAUUGUUAAUGCCAGAAGAGCCAAACAGAAGAAGAGCAAAAACAUUGGUUACUCUGGCUCUGUCCCGCCACACCACCAAAACCUUCACCCACUUCACCAGCGUCACAUCACCAUCCCCACCAGCGUGCCUCAGCAGCAGGUCUUUUCACUGGCCGAGCCCCCAAAACGAAAGCCUUAUCACCUGUUGUACAGCAUCACCCGCAACACCUUUUUCAAGAAAUGAAACUUUGCUCCCUCGUCGUUUUUUGUUUUUUUUCUCCCCGUCCAUGUUCGGAGCACGCCCAAACCGUCCUGAAGACUCAAAGAACACUCUUUACAACUAUUUUUUCCUGUUUUUGUCAGCCUGUGAAUGUUAAGUUCUGUUUUUGUGCCUCGUGUGUCUUUCUCUUUGUGUUUUGUGUUGUGUUGAUUUUGUUGCAUCAUGAAGUUCAGUGCCUUGGAAAGGGCUUGACUAAAGUGUUAAAAUACUGACUGUCCAUUUUGUUUCUGUUAAAAUGCUGCUCACCCAAGAGACUCCCACCCCUUUGUCUUAUUAAUUCUAACUGAAAGAUUUUUUAAAUGUUAAUUAUGACAAUGUAUAUUCUGCUUUUAAGCCGACAAACAUGGUUUUAGUUUAUUUCACAGAGGCUGGACCCUUUUUUUUUGCUGCGAGUCUGUCAACUCUGAGCACCAGACAGCCAGAGGAUAAAUUAACUUACACAGUCACCUACUUUGUUAACACUGUAAAUAAAACUCUUGU